GGGGUGGGAGGGAUUCAUUUUCUACGCCACCCCCUCCCUCCGCAAGAAACGAGUUGGAACACACAACAAUACAGAAUACAUGAAGCAGUGUAUGCUCCACCAUGCGUAUGCACGUCCUCGCUGCAGCGGUUUCACGCAGUAACCGUGGUUACAAGUCAGCGAGUUUGGAAAAUACGGAUUGAAAUCCUCGGUUGAAUCGGGGGUAAAUUUCUUGAUUUCACUUUGGAAAAUGGACUCCGAGUAUCUCAAAAAGCACGUGGGAAAUGCGCUUGCUUCUGGUCUGGCUGAAAUAGCCGAGAAAAGGCCCGUUGAUCCGAUCGAAUAUCUCGCUCACUGGCUCAGGAAAUAUGUCGAGAAUGAAGAGUUUGCAAAGAAGAAACUGGAAGAGCAAGAAGCUCUUGAGAAGGAAAGAAUAGAAGCAGCCGAGGAGCUCAUAAGAGAACAGAAAAGAAAAGAGGAAGCGGAGGCUAUUGCUCGACAGGAAGCUUAUGAAAAGGCAGCCAGUGAAGAAGUCGUUAUUGACCCAACACCAAGGCCGAUACCACCUGAGGUUACUGGCACUUUAGCCCCUGUUGCGGAGGGUGACGAGGUUGAAGAACAAGACAACAACAAGGCAGAGGAAGCAGAGAAGAAUAAUGAAGAGACAGCGCCUGCAGGCGAGGCUCAGGGUGCUACUGAGGAGGCGAAAACCGAGGGUGAAGAAGAGAAGGCCGGCGAGGAGGAGAAGCCAGCCAGUGAGGUGGAGGGUGAGGAGAAGCCUGCUGAAGGAGGCACGGAGGAGGCCGCGGGGGAAUCGGAGCAGGCAGCUGCGGGAUCAGGACAGGCAGCCGGGGAGUCAGAGCAGGCAGGAGGGAAAGAGAAAGGCGAAACAGCAGGGGACGAAAAAGCAGGGGGACAGCAGGAAACGGAAGCCGAAACAGCCCCCGAACAACCAAAGGAAGACAGCGAGACUACAGAAGAUGCAGAAAAACUACCCGCCAUUGAACGAUCUGAUCCUCCACCUCAAGUACAGGAACCUGAAGCACCACAAGAAUAGGAGUUGAAUUAUUCUUUAAAGUAUUUUAGUUUGCAAGACGAACGUCAUACAGUUGUCGCUGUACAUACUCAUUCUGACGUCACGCUUACUUCGCAACCGUUAUAGUUUGUCACGUAACGGUGAGAGGAAUAUUGUGUGACAAGGUUAUCUUUGAGUGAAGGAAGACGAGACUCGACGUCUGCGAACGGGAUUUAAGUCAAUAUUCGCAUUUAUGAAGGAAAUUUAGGGGUUGACUUCUAAAAUGCUUAGAAAUUGCAUUACCCUGUGCCUUUAUUUUUCUAUAAAAGGAACUUUGCAGCAUUUGUAAAGUUUCCAACGUUUUUUACAGGUUGACAUCAAAGGGGUUUUUAAUACUACACUCGAUAUUUAUUUAGCUGUACUAAAAAAAUCAUUUAGUGUUAGUUUUAUAUUGAACGUAUUUACUGGCUUCUGGUCCCGGGCUUCUGUUAAACUAGACAGAUUUUAUCAAGUUAUAGAAGUGUUACAGUUAGGUUGUAACUGUUGUAGAUCGAUCUAGCUAAUAAUAAGUAAAUAUUAAAUUAAUAUUGGAUAACAAGACAAUUUAGUACAAUACAGUGGAAAAUUACCAAAAUCAGGUAGGUCGUUAGAAUGGUUAAAUAAUGUUUUCGUGUUUAGUUAGGUUACUUGUAGUCUGAGAACACAAGACAAAUUUGUUAAGCAGUAGAGAUAACGAAUUUGUAGCCCUGUAUUGCGUUUUUCCAGCCGAUAGUGCCAAAGUUUUGUUAAUAUGCGCUUUAAUACGUUCACAACUAGUCGAUACUAGCCUUUUGCUCCGACUGAAGCCAUUCUACGCAAUAUUUAAGUGUGUCUACUUUGUACCAAAAUCGAUGGGCACUUUUUUAUGAGGUAUACAUUCGUUCGUUUUAUUUAUUAUGUUUUGUAUUUACAGAAACAAGUUAUUUGAUAUCAGAUCAAAGGUGCCAUUCUUUUAUAAACGUUAAUAAUAAGCGAUAUCUGAUGUAUGGAAAUAUCUGCCAACUAUGUGAUAGAUAAGAGAUCAAUAUCUUACUCAGACAAAUUCCAUGUUAAUACGGAUCAUAUUUUAAACAGUUUCAAUGACUUCCGAAUAGAAUCCAAUCGACACAUCUAGUUGUCAACCUUUGUUGCAUAUCAAAGUUUUUCCAAUUUGAAAUCCAUUUUUCAUUAAAACAUUUCUACAUCAAUGCAUUUUAUCCCGUCUUCAGGCAUCCGAAAUUCCUUACAUGUACACAUAUAAAUGAAAUUCUUUCAUUUUUUCGAGUACCGUGGUACGAGGUAGAUUUAAUCAGUGGCGUUCAAGUUUUUAAAAUUAUUUUCAGAACUAGUUGCAUUUAUACAUAGGCUUCUAAAAACGGCUAAAGGAAAAAACUGGAAAAUACGGAGUUUUGUAUGUAAGCUUACACGGGUAUCCGGGGGGUCUCCCAUAUAAAGAGGACGGGGGUGCUUGUCGUACCUUUAAGGGUUAAAAGAGCGGUUUUGGUACCUCCAAGGGUGUUAGCCUCUAAAGAUCCACAGCGGGGGCUUUUGCGCUGCCUUUUAGGGUAGUGAACCGAAAAAAGUUUGACAGGAGAAAAUGUGUUGUUGCAUAGAAUUGGUACCUCUUCUUUAUAGGGGUAAAAAAAAAAAAAAUUCAAGCCACGCCCAUGAAACAGGAUGGGCUCUUUUCAAAAUUUCCGACGACCACCCCCGUCCUUUUUAUAUGGGAGUACCCCCCCCCCCGGGACAGAUAUAUAUCGAUGUGCAUGUUCAGUAUUGGAAGUUUCCAAAGUACCAAAUAAAAUGAAGAAUAAACUCAGUUUUUUUAA